AUGUCGUUCACACAAUCUCCGAACGUGUGGGGUAAGACUUCCACGCAGGAGCCAGUGGAACCAAUUGUUUCUCUUGUUGAUAUUAUGAGUGAAGAAUUAGCUCAUACACUCGUCGAAGAUGAUGUUCGUAGAGAUGGUGAAAUGGCCGAAAGAUUGAACGCAGAAGCAAACCAAUCGUUCACUUCCGAUGAGGAGUUUGCUAGAGCUCUUCAACGUGAUUACGAUCGUGAGUAUGAUCUGUCGGUACGUAUGGAGCAGCAUAAGAUGUUGGGUAUCAAAAAAGUUUCUGUUACUCCCGAUCGUUAUAAGCCUAGAACGCAACAAGAAUCUGAAGACGAAGAGUCUGAUGAUGAUGAUGCUACACGAGAAGCGGCAACAGCUUUGUUGUACGCCAAAUUGGAUUCUGAGCACUUGCCAUCCACAACUGUAAGGAACGAAGAUGGAACAUGGAGAACUAAACACGAUCCAGGAAUAUCCGGAAGACGUAACGCUGAUAAAGCCUUGAAUGAUACUGUGAACAUCUCGUUUGGUGAUACUGUUUCACAACAAAUCAGUAAUCGUGUUUUCAACGACUUGCGAAGUUUUGCAAAAACUGACACGAAAAGACAGCAUAAGUUGAAAGAUAAGGAAGAAAUGGCGACAAUGGAAACAUCUGUUGAUGGUGCUACGAGAUUGACUUUGUACAAAUGGAUUAAUCAAGGAAUUUUCGAUCGAGUCGAAGGUAUUAUUGCUACAGGAAAAGAAUCUGCUGUUAUUCACGCUGUAUUAAGUGAAAAACAACACUAUGCCAUUAAAGUUUAUAAAACAAGUUUAACCGAGUUCAAGAACAGAGGGGAGUAUGUCAAGGAUGAUUUCCGUUUCAAAAACCCCCGUAGUGUCCUGAAGAUUUGGGCAGAAAAAGAGUAUAUGAAUCUGAAAAGAAUGAAUAAUCACAGUUUACCAUGCCCGGAGCCUUUGAAACUAAAAAAACAUCUUUUGGUUAUGUCGUUGAUAGGAACAGACGGUAAAGCUGCUCCACGAUUGAGAAAUGUUGAAUGGGAGUUCACAACAGAGGAAGAAAGAUAUGAUCUAUAUCUACAAGUCCAAGAUAUUAUGUGUAAAAUGUAUAAAGAAUGUCGCUUAGUACAUGCAGACUUGAGCGAGUUUAAUUUGCUAUUAUCUGAAGGAAAGGUGUUUGUGAUUGAUGUAUCACAGGCCAUGGAUAUAUCGCAUCCCCGCAAUUUACAUUAUUUAACCAGAGACAUUGAGAAUGUUUUGUUGUUUUUCACGAAACUGGGAGUUCCCAACUUACCUACUGAUGCAGCUCUCUUCAAUUUGAUAACUGAUAUGAGUAUGAAAGAUGAUGACAGUUUACUGGUUCAAGUUGAACAGUUCUCCAGAGAGAAUCGUUGUGUAACUAGACGGAUUGACAAAGCUAAACCUGGGGACAGAGAACUACGGUUGUAUGAUGCUGAAGCAAAAGAAGAAGGCCAUGAUCCAGCCCGAGAAUAUAAUUAA